AUGAGUUUAUUAUCUGUACAAGAAAAACUUAUAUUAAAUAAUGAUAAUGACCAUGAUACUGAUUACAGUACUGACCAUGAUACUGAUCAUGGUACUAAUCAUGAUAAUAAUAAUAACAUU